AUGCAAGAUAUAAAGAAGGGGAGAACAAAAGUAGGGGAACGUCAGGGAUCGGGGUUUGUCUUCUAUACCAUGCCGAGGCCUUCCUUCUGGUCAAGGGUCACGAAGCCCAAGACACCCCAUAUAAAAGGGACAGAAGACGAAGCAGCAGCAGCAGCAGCAGCAACAGCAGCAGCAGCAGCAGCGGCAGCAGAUGCAGAGGUAAAAGAAAAUGCAGCAACAACGACAGCAGCAGAUAAAGAAAAUGUAGCAACAACAGCAGCAACAGCAGACGAUGCAUGCAGUUGCUGCAGCGAAGCAGCAGCAGCAAUAGAAGCAUCUAUAGAUAUCAAUGACCCAGCAGCAGCAGAAGAAGCAGAAGCAGCAGCAGCAGCAGCAGCAGCAGAUGAGGAAGCAGAACGUAUAUGGAUGGAGACAGCAGCAGAAGAUUUGCUGCUGCAGCAAGGAGACACUUUAUUAAGCGGAGACACCUGGAGGCUCCUUAGCUUAGUAGGGGGAGGGGACACUUUCUCCCUGUCUCCUGAGGAGCAGCAAUUUGCUGCUGCUGCUGCUACUAACCCUUAUACCAGCAGCACUUGCUGCUGCUGCACCCACAGCAGCAGCAACAGCAGCAACAGCAGCAGGGAUGUGGACUCUUUUCCCCAUACCUGCUGCCUUGACGAUUCCCCCACUCAUCACCAGCAGCAGCAGCAGCAGCAGGAGAUAUUAGAUGAAGAAGGUACAUGUUCAGCAGCAGCAGCAGCAGCAGCAGCAGCAGCAGCAGAAGGUGUAUGCAUGCAUAAUGAUAAUAGAUGGAUAUUAAGCAAAGAAGAAAUAAAAAUAAAUAAAGAAGAUAAAAUUUUAUUCUCUUUUUAUCAUUCAGGGUGUAUAUACACCGCAAUUAGACCUCUGCAUGCAAAUGCAGCUGCAACUGCAGCUGCAGCAACAGAAGGAGCAGCAGCAGGAGCGGCAGCAGCAGAAGGAGCAGCAGCAGAAGGAGCAACAGCAGAAGCAGACGCAGAAGAGGAGGCAUGGGAAGUAGUUGCCACACCCAACAGCAGCAGCAGCAACAACAGCAACAGCAAUGACAGCAGCAGCAACAACAACAAGAGCAGUGACAACAAUGACAGCAGCAGCAGCAGCAACAGCAGCAACAGCAGCAGCAGCAGCAGCAAGAGGUUGAUAGUAAAGAAGGUCCCCUUUGAUGGUAAUUCAAGUCUUCCUGUUUGGUUGCUGCGCAGCAUUUGUUUAGCUCGUCUUGCUGCUGCAUCUCCUACCUUCCUGCAGCAGCAGCAGCAGCAACAACAACAGAAACAGCAGCAACAGCAGCAGCAGCAGCAGCAGCAGCAGGAGUGCCGUGCUCGUCUCUUAGUACCUGUCUAUGAUAUUCAUAUAGCAGCAAGUGCUGCCUACUUUGUCUUUGAGUUACCAACUGUCUCUCUUGCUGCGCUGCUGCAGCAGCAGCAGCCUCUUCCUGCUGCUCUCUUCUGCAGCAGCAGCAGCAACAGCAGCAGCAAAUGCAGGAGUUGUUGCAGGAGCAGCAGCAGCAACGGGGAGAAGAGCAAGAAUAUAUUAUGUGCAUGCAAUGAGCGCAUGUUCUUGUUCUUGCUGCUGUGCUGCCUGCUGCGAAUAAAAGCAGCAAGACUAUCUGCUGCUGCUGUGUCUCCUUCCUGUCUCUUUCUUAGCAGCAGCAGCAGCAGCAGCAGCAGAUGCUGCUGCCCACUGCAGCUGUCUAUAGCCCUCGAUCCCUUCAAAGUACCACAUACACCUGAACAGCAGCAGCAGCAGCAGCAGCAGCACGAAGACACGGAGCAGCAGCAGCUGCUGCUACAGCAGCUGCCAGAGAGUUGUUGGGUCCCCCCUGAGCGGAGGGAUGACCAAAUAGAGAACAACUGCAGCAGCAGCAGCAACAACAGCAGCAGCAGCAGCAGAGGGCGUCUCUACACCCCAGAAGAAAACGAGGCAGCAAUUAUGUGGGGUGUUGGGAUCUGUCUUGCUGCAUUCCUGCUGCUGAAGCAAAAACAGCAGCAGCAGCAGCAGGCGCAACAACAACAAAAGCAGCAGCAGCUGCAGCAGCAGAAGCAGCAGCAGCAGCAGCAGCAGGAGUACAAGCGUGAGGCGUCUCUUGAGGGUUUACUAAGAAGAAGUCGUUCUUCCCUUGACGGAGCAGCAAUACCAAGAACAGCAGCAGCAGCAACAGCAGCAGCAGCAGCAACAGCAGCAGCAACAGCAGCAGCAGCAGAUGACGGAUCGUGGUAUGAGCAAGACACUAUACAGAUACGAAGGAGACGCAGCUGCGGCUUGGGGGAUCGCUUGCUGCUGCAGCAGCAAGAUGAUUCUGCUGCUGCUGCUGCUGCUUCUGCAGAAACAGCAGCAGCAGAAUCAGCAGCAGCAGCAGCAGCUUCAUGCCAGUUAUAUGUAUCAACAUGUGACGAAGCAUGCGCUGGAGACACCUGCCGUGUAUCUGCUGCUGUUCUUGCUGCUGCUGCUGCUGCUGCUGCUCCCUUUAUGAAGUAUGACGCAAAGGGGACAAUCAGCAGCAGCAGCAUAAUAGAAAGUUUCCCGCUGCUAAAAGGAGACAGUGUAUAG